AUGGCGCAGAGGUCGGAGCGAAAGGCGAGGGCCAUUGACGACCCCGGACCCUCGUUCUGCAGGAACGGGCAAGCCACACCAGGGAUUUGGGCGACGUGA